CCGGGGCCGCCCAUCAUGUGACAGCCCAGGGCCCCCGCCAGCCAAGGGGGCCGUGGCCCCGCGCAUGCGCAGAGGCGGCGCCGCAGGAGCCGGGGCGGCGGGUUCAGCCAUGCCGGGGUUGCUGCUGGGCGACGAGGCGCCCAACUUCGAGGCGGACACCACGCACGGGCGAAUCCGCUUCCACGACUUCCUGGGAGACUCAUGGGGCAUCCUUUUCUCCCACCCGCGGGACUUCACACCCGUCUGCACCACAGAGCUUGGCCGGGCAGCAAAGCUGGCCUCUGAGUUCAGCAAGCGCAAUGUGAAGAUGAUCGCCCUCUCCAUUGACAGCGUCCAAGACCACAUGUGCUGGAGUAAGGACAUCAAUGCAUACAAUGGGGGACAACCUGAGGAGAAACUCCCCUUCCCCAUCAUUGCUGAUCCGAACCGGGAGCUGGCUGUCAAGCUGGGCAUGCUGGACCCAGAUGAGCGGGACAAGGACGGCAUACCCCUGACUGCUCGCGUGGUGUUCGUUUUUGGCCCGGAUAAGAAGCUGAAACUCUCCAUACUGUACCCAGCCACCACUGGGAGAAACUUUGAUGAGAUCCUGAGAGUGGUGGACUCCCUGCAGCUGACAGCAUACAAGAAAGUUGCUACCCCUGUGGACUGGAAGCCUGGUGACAGUGUCAUGGUCGUGCCCACCUUACCUGAUGAGGAAGCCAAGAAGCUCUUUCCCAAAGGAGUCUUCACAAAGGACCUCCCAUCGGGCAAGAAGUACCUGCGUUAUACCCCGCAGCCGGAGUGAGCGGGUCUGACCAACCAUCCUGCACAUCAGUUGGCAUCAGGAGCCUUUCUUAUGCCCAGCUCCUGCUUCCCUAACACUGUGCAACCAGCAGCCUCGUACCAUCACACUGAUGAUGCACCACAAUACUAAACCAAUCCUCCCCAUCCCUUUCACCCCCCACAUCUUCUAAAAACUAAAUUCUUGCCUUGAAUCAGCCCCACAAGGAAGAGGUUAGCAGAUCAGUGGGGGCUUCAGGGCUUGUGCUGUGGAGUCUCUCCUGUUCAGAACCAGCCGAGCUUUUCCCGGAGGCACAGUGAGAAGCCUGGUGUCAGCAGCCAGGCCCCAGCGGGGUGUCCUGCUCGGUUCACACACCUCCCAUCAGGGAGUUUUGGGGGCUCCAAACUGCUGUGUGCCUUUCAGAGCAGCUGUCACUAAUGCAUUAACACCUUUAUCUGGUCCUGUGCGCAGGGGCGGAGCUGCAGAGCCAAAUCUCUCACUUCUUACUGCUUUUUCAUCUCUUGCUGGAAGUUGUUUUCAGGUUUUAGGGAAGAGGGAAUAGAGCGAAUAAACUGAUCAGUAGUACCUGCAGUA